AGCAGUGCUAGGCAGCUCUCGGUGCCGAUUAAGCUAACAUGCUACCAUUAUCCGUUAAAGAUGACGAAUAUAAACCUGCCAAGUUUAAUUUGGUCCUUAAGUUAUCCGGAUGGUUCAGAUCGAUCCUCGCUGACAAGACAUCGAGGAACUUGUUUUUCUUCCUGUGCCUGAAUCUGUCUUUCGCCUUUGUGGAGUUGUUGUAUGGAAUAUGGAGUAACAGUUUAGGGUUGAUAUCCGACUCUUUUCACAUGUUCUUUGACUGCACAGCACUUUUGGCAGGCCUUGCUGCAUCAGUAAUUUCACGAUGGAGGUCUAAUGACUCUUUCUCAUAUGGCUAUGUAAGAGCAGAAGUACUCGCCGGCUUUGUAAACGGCCUGUUUCUUAUUUUUACUGCAUUUUUCAUCUUCUCAGAAGGAGUGGAGAGGGCAUUAGAGCCUCCUGAUGUGCACCAUGACCGCUUGCUGCCGGUGUCCAUUGCAGGGCUCUUAGUCAAUCUUGUGGGCGUUUUUGUGUUUCAACAUGGAGGGCAUGGACACUCUCAUGGAGAAGAUCAUGGACACAGUCACUCCCUAUUUAAUGGCAGUGUGGGACAUGGCCACAGUCACGGGGGUCACGGGCAUAGCCAUGAGUCCAAACAUGGGCAUGGGCAUGGACACGGAGAGCAUGGACAUGGAGAGCAUGGCCAUUCACAUGAAGAUCCACACUGCCAUGAUGACCACUUGCGCUUACCAGAGAAAGGCUCCAGCAAACAAAUAUUACAAGGAGUUUUUCUGCACAUCGUCGCGGAUACGCUGGGCAGCAUCGGCGUCAUCAUCUCAGCUAUACUGAUGCAGAAGUACGAUCUGAUGAUUGCUGAUCCUAUCUGCUCCAUGCUUAUCGCCCUUCUCAUUGGAGUCAGUGUGGUUCCUCUGCUCAGGGAAUCUAUAGGGAUCCUGAUGCAGCGUACUCCUCCUUCUCUUGACCAUUCACUUCCUGAGUGCUACCAGAGGGUCCAGCAGCUGCAGGGUGUGUAUAAUCUACAGGAGCCACACUUCUGGACGCUGUGCACGGACGUCUACAUCGGCACGCUGAAACUCCUGGUGGCUCCAGACGCAGAUACACGAUGGAUCCUCAGUCAGACGCACAAUAUUUUUACACAGGUGGGUGUGAGGCAGCUCUACGUUCAGAUUGAAACGGCAGCCAUGUAGGAGUCGACCUAAUUCGGGGAGCCCUGGGACCAACGCCCUCUGUGCUGCUUUAAGAAGCUCAUCGCCAAACCCGACCCAUCGAUCUUUUUUUUGUUUGUUUGUUUGUUUGUCUGGGUUUCUGCCGUUCCAUCACCCAGUCGGACCAGGCUGAAGCAGCUGCAGUACGGUACACAGACUCUUCAGGAAAACCAGAACGUCCAAAGGAACUGAGAGCGUGCAUCAUGAGCGUGCUGCUGACACUCAGUUUAAAGUCUUUAAAAGUUUCCUUUUCUUUUUUUUAAUAUCUCAACACAGACUGAAUUAGUGUCGCGCUCUCAUUACUCAGAAUGGGGUUUUAAUUGUUUUGUAUGGAUGGUAUAGAAACCUGUCAGUAUAUGAAUCAUUAGUAGUAUUUUUGUACGUGGUCUGAUCGUGCUGCUGUUUGGUUUGCAGCCACCACAGACCUGCUCCUUCUGUAUUAAACCCUUCAGCUCGCCAUCAUCUCUUAAGUGCCUUUUUCUGGUGGAUCUCUCGGACAAUCUUGCAAACACCUUCAUGCAACGUUAGGAUUUAUGUCCGGUGUCAUGUACGUGAUACAGGGACUUUAUCUAUUGGAAAAGGGUUCAAUUUUAGUUCAACAUUCCUUUGUUCUUUUUACUGUUUUCAGAUUUUUACUGGUGUAAAAUCAAGGAAUCACCAGCUUUCUUCAGCCAUAAACUGAUCUGAUGAGCCAAUUAAAUGUGAUGGCAAGUCCAUAAUGUAGGUCUUUUUUUUUAUAACCUGCCUGUGCCACUGGCCAGAUAAUCUGUGCAAUUGAAUAAAUUAUAUCACCAUCUA